AUGUUACCCUUUACUACUUGCAUUAUUGCUCAAACCGAUCUAGUCAAGUAUAUGCUAUUGCACCCUAUCUUGAGAGGUCGUAUUGGUAAGUGGGUGCUCGCCUUAUCAGAAUUCUGGCUACAGUAUGUCCCGCAAAAGGCAGUCAAAGGGCAAACUAUUGAAGAUUUUCUAGCACACCACCCUAUGCUGGACGUCCCCGCAGUGAGAGAUUUAGAAGUCGCCGCUGAAACUUUAGAUCGCCCUAACUUGGCGUGCUUACCGGAGUACGCCGCGCUAUAUCAAGCCAUUUUGGAGUUCCGGUGCACUAAUAACCAGGCAGAAUAUGAGGCCCUCAUUAUAGGCCUAGAAGUGUUGCUGGAACUCGGAGUCAGAGACAUCCAGGUACGCGGUGACUCUUUGCUAGUGGUCAACCAGCUUCGCGAGAAGUUCAGGUGCGUCAGCUAUUUACUCGCCUUCUAUCUUAAGCGCGCUCUUGAGCUUUUGGUCCAAUUUGAUGACGUGGACUUAGAACAUAUUCCUCGCGAGCAUAACUUUGCUGCAAAUGAACUCACUCAGCUGGCUACAAGCAUUUCCUUGAAAUAUGGGGUUCGCGAGAGAAUUCUCAAGGUUGAGCGACGCACGCUGCCUUCGUGGCUUGUGCGGCCUGACCCACCUGAUGAUGUAACGGUGGCUGUCUUAGAUCCUAUUAACGUGGAUUGGAGUAUACCUUUGAUCGCUUACAUCAAGCAGCCAUAUCCCACUGCAGAUAGUAAGAUCCGUUUCCUUGCACUAAAUUACUUCCUCCGAGGUGAUGAACUGCGACGACGUGGCGAAAACGGUAUAGACUUCUGA